AUGUCUCCAAAUCACCUUCUCAUUUUGUUCUUCUUCAUAUCUGCCUCCAAAUCAAUCUUACAAAUCCCAGAAAUUCCUCAGUUCCCUCGCAACUCUCCUCAGUAUAACCAAUACCCAUUUUGCAACACCUCUUUGAGGAUAGCCACCAGGGCCAAGUCUUUAAUAUCUCUCCUCACUCUUCAAGAAAAGAUCCAACAACUCCCUGACAAUGCCUCUGCAAUUCCGAGACUUGGCAUUCCUGCCUAUGAAUGGUGGUCUGAAUCUCUCCACGGAAUUGCCACCAAUGGCCCUGGAAUCAACUUCAAUGGAACCAUGCCUUUAGCCACUAGUUUCCCUCAAGUUAUUGUCACUGCAGGUUCUUUUAAUAAGACCCUUUGGUCCAAGAUUGGACCAGCUGUAGCUACUGAGGCUAGAGCCAUGUACAACUAUAGCCAAGCUGGGCUGACGUUUUGGGCGCCAACUAUUAAUCUUUUUGGGGACCCCAGAUGGGGGAGAGGACAGGAGAGUCCUGGGGAAUUAGAUCCUAUGCUUGUUUCUGCUUAUGCUAUUGAGUAUGUCAAGAGUUUUCAGAGUGGGAAGUGGGACGGUGAGGGUGGUGAUGAUGGUUUUGUGUUUGGUGAGAAGAGGGCGUUGAAAGGGGAAGGUGAUCAGAGUGAUGAUGAUGAGGGGCUUACGUUGUAUGCUUGUUGUAAGCAUUUGAUUGCCUAUGACUUGGAGAAGUGGAAAAAUUUCAGUAGAUAUAGUUUCAAUGCUGUGGUGUUAAAUUGA